AUGAAAUUCUUUAUAUUGAGCUGUUUUAUAACAUCAGUUGUCGCUAGCGUGGAUCCAUGUAAUCCGAUAUAUUUUAAUACGUUGUUACGAUCUCUCGUCGAAGGUAGAGACUUAACAUGCGCGGACUGGUGGGUAUUAAACUGGUCUGCGCACGGUGGUUGUAUAGAUCAAAAAAUUAUAACUAAAGAAGAAAUAAAUCAUCGUAAGCAAACAGCUUGUGAUGAGUUUACUUAUACCAAAGGUAUAUGUGUUUCUUCUACGCGCCAAGCAAGAGAUGACUGGGUGUCUGACGACUAUUGCAAUGCAUGUGACUAUACAGAAAAAAAAUAUGCUAAUGGAACGGUGGUGAAUAUCCCUCAAGGUACUGAAAUAGGCGCGUGCUCUUGUUUUGAUGUUAAGAAAGGCGGCCUAUGUCCAAACAGAUGA